ACACAUUGUUAAAAGUGCGGAAGUGAACGGGAAAAGAUCGUUGAGUGCAGUGAAUCGUUAGUUUAAUACUUUCGCUGAAUUUGUUUAAAUCAGAACAGUGGUUUAACUUUUAAAAAAUCUCAGAAUGGCUAAAAUGGUAGAUAGGGACGGUAUUGUAGAGGCAUAUAAUGACGUAAGGGACGAUGUGUCACCCACGAACUGGUGUUGCUUAAAGUAUGACGAAAGCAAUAAUCUUGCCCUCGACAGUAAAGGAGAAGACUUUGAAGAGCUUAAAUCAAAAUUUGGCGAGGACGAACGAGUAUAUGCAUUCCUUAGAGUACAAACUGGAGACGAGAUGAGUAAACGAAUGAAAUUCGCUCUCUUAAUCUGGUCUGGUCCAGGUGUCUCCACAAUGAAGAAGGCUAAGAUGAGUACGGAAAAGGCUUUUGUAAAACAAGUAUUUUUGAAUUUUGCUGUAGAAAUGUUAUUUGAGGAUAUACACGAGGUGAAGGAAGACAACAUAAAGGAAGAAUGUAUGAAAGCAGGAGGAGCCAACUAUGGAACUGGCAAAUAAGAUCAACCUCUCAUUUAGGACAUUUUAUAAAUUACACCCAAACUCAUUCUCAGCUUUAAGUGUAUAUGCGUGCAUACGAUCGACAGAGUUCCUGCCUCCAGACCGUGGAAGACAUAUUCUAACAUGAUUAAAUUGUCAAAAUUGUCAUAGGACGUGGAAACAAUAUCAAUAUCUUUUUUUGAAACUUAUUUUCAUAAGAUCAUUUACACAAGAUUAUUGCUCAAAUAUUUAAAAUCAUUUUAGAUCAUUUCGAUUAUUUGCAUUUGUAAAACUUUAACGAUUCUUACGUAUUUAGUAGUGACAUUUGAUGUUCAAAAUUAUUAUUCAUGAUAUAUAAUAAUAUGAUUAACAAUCUCACAUUUUUGUAUUUCAUACAGUUUUCAUCCAAUGAAUAUGUUUCGAUUAUAAACUACAAACCCCACAAACGUUUGAACUUUUUCUGCAACUAUUUAUUUUAACGACUUGAAAAUAUCAAACCAUUUUGUUUUGAUUUGGAAGGCUGAAUUUGUCAAUAUUUAUUAAAUCCAUUCUGCUUUUUUUUUAUUUAUUCACAAAUUUAGGAGUUAAAAAUUAGUGCCAUCAGAGCAUUAAUACUACACCAGUGCAAUGUUCGUUAUUUAAUCUUUUGAGAAUGUUAUGUGCAUGGAAUUUGUAUUACAUAUGUAAUGAUUAACUCUUUGUUAGUAAAAAUUAAAAAAGUAAAAACUA